AUGAGAUACUCGUCGACACUCCUUCUUGCCUUGCAUUUGGCCGCUGUUGCUCAAUCGACUCCUGUGUCUUCAGACACAUCCGGCAACAUCGCCUUGGCGAACCGUAGUCCAAGCGCCGCUGCUUUGGAUUUACAGUCCCUCCAUUACCAUAAGAGAACCCUCUUCGGCUUUCUACGUGGCACUUCCAAGCGCGACAAAGAGCGCAGGCGCAAGGGCAAGGACGCCGGAGAGUCGUCUACCAGGCCGCUCCUCGCCGACAAAGACAAGGCUGUUGACUCCAGUGAAGGCGGAUCUUCUCUUACCGCUGAUGAAAGAGAAAAGUGGACACAACGUCCAGGCGAACGUGCUCUCCACUUCUGGCAACGUUUAACAGAGCAGGCAGAGGAGUACAAAGCAGCUGGCAAGCUUGACGAGAUGGGUAAAAACCGUAUAUAUGGUCUAGGCAAGGCGAUUUUCGAAAAUGAUACUCAGAGAGCUCAGGAUCCAUAUGACUUACAUGCGGCCAUCCUCAAGGUCAUUGAUGGAACGUGGGGACCAGAAGAAACCCUGAAAUUUGGAGUGAUUAAACUCUUGAAGAGAUCCGCAAACAACGAAAGCAGCAACAUGCGGGCUUUGAAAAGGCCGCUUCUUCAUGAUCCAAACGGCUGGAUUCGCAACGUGGACAGCAUCGACGACUACUGGAAGCCUAGGGAGAGUGAAACGAAGACAGACUUCACGACACGCAUUUAUAAUCUGGCCGACAUAUGCUAUCAACAUAGAAUCAUAGCCUUCAAAGAGAAGGAAACACUUCAGAACAAGAUCCUAGAACUGAGGAAGUACGAUUCAGUUCCGUCCGAGGACAAGAGGUGGCAGAACCUCCUCGGUCAGAUUCAAAAGCUCGUCCGCACGCAUAUCAAUGUUGAAAAGUACAUACCGGGCAACAAUCGCAUGCCUAAAAGCCCGCUUUCGCCCGUCCAAAGCAGCUUAAAACACAACUUCCCCUUCUUUUCAAGCGGAAUCUAUAAGAGGCAGGUCAAGGGCGAGAGCAGCAACCCACUACACGACUUUCCACUGCACUCUAGGGAGCCCUUGCUCAUGGACUUAGACGUUUGGGUCAAAGACGUGAAAAAUAUCGAACAGCACUGGAAGCUUGCAAAAGGAGAAGACAUGGAGGAGUUUGCGGAUCGCCUCAAAACGCAGUCUGAGCAAUGCCGGCGACACGAAGUCUUCGAUGAGGAGACGAUGGUUUCGGUCAACAGAUUAGCCGAACAUAUUCGCAGGCGCUCACAGGGAUUCACAAGCUGA